AUGGAACCGCCUAUUUCGUUUCUUGAAAUUUUAAACUAACCUCUGAUAGACAGCUCGUCCAAAUUGAGUUACUUUAAAAUGAAAUAUGCUCACCAAUCAAAUAAAUUCAAUCAGCUUAGAAUUUGCACAGAACAAAAUUUAAUAUCCGACAGCCUAAUGAUAAACCUCAAUAUUUAAAGUCCCAAUUUCAAAGUCCAUCAGAAGUUCGAUUACAAUCAGCACGAACUAACUAUUCAUUCUCAAAUUAUAACAUAACAGGCUACUCCAAAAUCGUCACGAUCAGCAAGUCCUCUAAGGAGAGUUUAUUUAAGUUCUAGUCUAGUAGCUCGCAGACAAUUUAAUGAUUAUGUUAAAUGCAACAGAUCCCCUGACCCUUAUGAUAUUAAUCACUACACUCAAGAUAUUCAUCAAUAGAGGACUAAAAAGGUGAAAAAAAAAGAAACCGACACUUCUGCUCUCAUCUCGAAAACAACAUAUCAUUUAUCAAAAUAUGGUAUCUGA